AUGUAUCAAUACCGAGUCGAGUAUAGCUCUAGGAAAGUAGCAUGCACUGGCUGCAAACUUGGCCCAGGCCAAUCAAUAUCUACAGGUCAAAUCAGGUUUGGUAGGAAGGAGAUCCAAGGAAGCUAUCAUCACUCGAACUGGUCCCACUGGGGUUGUUUAAGUCCUCAAAUGUUAAGCAACGCUAUGAAGAAGCUGGAAGGUAAAAUUGAGGGUCUGCAUGGACUGGCAGACCUUAAAGAAGACGACCAAAUGAAGGUUAAAAACGCUUUGAAAUACGGUCACAUCGACCCAAGUGAUGUGACACCAAAGGCGGUUCAAAAAAACAAAACUGCAAACGCCGAUGUCUCAGGAGCAAUAGCCACUGUACAGGAAGACGAUCAAAACAAGAUCACAACACACAGACGAGUGCUACCAAGACGAGUAAAACCGGCUAUGGGAGGGAAAGAGAAAGACGAUCGACACAAGUCCAAAAGACAAAAACGAGCGCUCACAACUGAUUCUAAUGAUGAAUCAGCCAACGAAAACCGGCACCGCAGCGAGGCUUCACCAAGUAGCUUGGAAAGGGAAAUCAGAAGUGAUGCGGUCGAUGAACUCGAUGAACUUGCAGGAGCGAAGCAGGAGAAAUCUAAAAAAUCCUCCCAACAAGGAGAGAAGACGGGCGAUAAACACAAGACCAAAAGAAAGGAAGCAGUGAUUUCGAUUGAUUCUGAUGAUGAAUCGGCUGACGGGGAGCCAAAAUCUACGUCCAACACCAAGUCCAAUAAUGAUAAGUGGAAAAUCGUACUUUCACCGCUUCCCGAAAUCAAGAAUUGGAGAAAUGAGAGGCAGAGGAGAGCUGAGAAAACGAUCGAUUCAGUUACGGAUAUACUCAAAACAUUAGAGAAUUCGACAGCUACCACAAUGCAGAGCACGUCUUCUUGCAUUAGUCCUUUUAAAGAGGCACAAAGCUUAUUUCAUGAAAACAGAGAGAAGGUCAGGAUUGCGCAUAAGGUAGCCCAGUCUGAAAUUAAGGAGUUAUUGAAGAAUUCUGUACAAGAUUUAAUGGAUUGA